GCAGCCUUGAUUCAGUCUGUCUGUCCAGAAAGAGAAGAAUUCUUUUCAACACAGCCCUGACAGAAGGAGAAAGCAGCUGAGAGGUGGAGGGCUUCAAGAUCAUUUUGUUAACACCUGACUCUCACCCAAGUGGCUCCAGACCUCUGAUAAAAGACAGCUCCAAAAAGGGAAUGACAGCUAGAAGUCUGGGGAGAAGCUGUGUUUGCAGCCCACUCUGGGUCCCUGCCACGGAAUCGGUGCUCAUUGAGAAAGUCUCUUCUCGCUCCGUUUACUGGAAUUUAUUUAUUGGCCACUGACGUAUUCCACCUUUGACGGGAGCAAGAAUUCCUCCUGGGACCUCUGGGAGGAUUUCCACACCCCACCUGAGCUUGGAUGGAAGGGGUGCCCUUUGAACCUGCGUGGAUGUGUCCCUCUUGAAAAAACAUCUGCGCUGGUGCCAAGCUCAUCUUUUGUGAUCUGAGUUCACAUCAGCGGUUUGCUUUCGGGUUUGACUUGAGGAAGGAACCAUGAAGAAUGUGCUGUCUCUGUGGUGUUGCCUCUUGUUUUUGAUUUUAUUUCAGGUGUAUGGAAAUCAUACCUGGCUACACAAACACCCAGGUUUUGAUGUUCUAGCCCAAGCAUCACAUUAUUGGCCUCUGGGGACUGUGGAAGGAAUCCAUGAAUUUCGGGACACAAAUGGAGCUCUAAGACUCCACAACUUCACUGUGCUUCCCUCCCAUAAUUCUACUUUUGUAUAUACCAAUGAUUCCGCCUAUUCUAACUCCUCUGCAACCGUAGAUAUUGUGGAAGGCAUAGUAAACAAAGGCAUAUGUGUCCCAGAUGCAAAGGGGGUAACAUUCCUUCUUUUUGGAAAAUAUCAGAACUCCUGCAUAAUUAACCCAGAAGUCUGCGAACCUGAAGGUGUAACAUUCUCAUUUUUCUGGAAGACUCAGGAGCAGCAAACGAAACCUCCCCCAGCAUAUGGGGACCAGGUACUUUCAAGCGGAUUUAAGGUCUACUUCAGCGAGAGUAAAGGCUCGAUAGAGCUGUUUAACCGUCAGAUUUUCAAGAAGUGGGAGGCAAGCUUCAUCCCACCAGGCCCCCAGUGGACUCACGUUCUGUUUACCUGGAAGUCUGAUGAUGGCUUGAAAGUCUAUGUGAAUGGGACUUUAAACACCACGGACCCCAAUGGGACUCUUUUCUACAGUUAUGGCGACUCUAGCUCAAACAUGCUGACGGGGUCAGAUGGUGACCAGAGCAAGCGUUACGUCAGUGGAGCCUUUGAUGAGUUUAUCAUAUGGGAAAGAGUGCUCACUCCGAAGGAGAUUGAGCAGUAUUUCACAGCUGCUGUAGCUCCAUGGGGACAGCAGGCGACCGCAGCUCUUCCAAUGUUGUCUACCAGUGCCUAUCAGCCCAUCAUAACUAACCUUACAGAGGAGACAGGAAAUUUCCAGCGCCGGGGAAUCAUGUUGCAGUACCUGGAAAGCAUUUUCCAAGCCUUACCCAAUGAAUCUAUCUCAGCGAAUACUGCCUUCAACCUCACAGAGGUUUUCUUCAAAGCUGUGGAAGGUGUGCUUUCUCUCCCCGGCUGGAUUGAUGCCUCGCAGACGGCGCCCCUGGCUCGAGGCUUGAUGGAGACGAUCGACAACGUGAUGUUCCACGUGGCUCACAAUCUGGGAGGGAGCCCGUCUACCGUAACUGUUGAAGGCACGUCACCUGUGGCAGACUACUCUUUGGCCAAGAUUCCUCCGCAGCACCUGAACGUGCCUCACUACCGCUUCCCCUUACGAGGGCAGAGCUACAUCUCCAUCCCCGCUGAAGCUUUCCACUACAAAGUCUGGAUUACCAUUGUGGGAGUACUCUAUCAUACCAUGCACCAGUUCUUCCGCAACAUCAAGCCUGUGGAUACCAAGAUCCCCGAAACCGUGGCUUGCAAAGAAUGCAUAAUUUCUGCAGCCAGCUAUGUUAUCUCCUUGAAAGUGGAACCACCUCCAACGUUAUCCCUUAAUUUGUCAGGUUCUCCUCUCAUCACCAUCCAUUUGAGACACAAACUGACUCCUCUCCAAUACAACAUGGCAAUGAACCGAAGCAACCAAGUGAACUUCUACUGUACCUUUAUGGAUUAUCGAAGCGGCAGCGGCAUCUGGUCCAACGAAGGCUGCCUGCGCGAAGGCGGGGACCUCAACCAUUCGGUCUGCCUGUGCAACCACCUCACCAAUUUUGCCGUUCUGAUGCAGAUUGUACCCCUCGAGGUACCCAAAGGACACCAGGUGGCGCUGUCCUCCAUCACUUACAUUGGCUGCUCCCUGUCCAUCUUCUGUCUGACGAUAACACUAGUUACAUUCGCUGUUCUGUCCUCUGUCAGUACCAUCCAUAACCAGCGCUACCACAUCCACGCCAACCUGUCGUUUGCCAUCUUGGUGGCUCAAAUCCUGCUGCUUAUCAGCUUCCACUUUGAUCCUGGAACGGUGCCCUGCAAAGUCCUGGCUGUUCUACUCCAUUUCUUCUUCCUGAGUGCCUUUGCUUGGAUGCUGGUGGAAGGCUUCCAUCUCUACAGUAUGGUGAUCAAAGUGUUUGGAUCUGAAGAGAGCAAGCAUUUAUACUACUAUGGAAUUGGAUGGGGCUGCCCGUUCCUGAUCUGGGUCAUCUCCAUCACUACAGCUGUGGAUAGCUACGGAGAGAACCACAACUGCUGGCUUUCGCUGGAGCAUGGCGUCAUCUGGGCUUUCGUGGGCCCUGCUCUGUUCGUCAUCAUGGUCAACAUCGGCAUUCUUGUUGCGGUCACCAGAGUCAUCUCGAGAAUAAGUGCAGACAAUUAUAAGGUGCGCGGUGAUGCCAAUGCAUUCAAGUUGACAGCCAAGGCAGUGGCUGUCUUGCUACCCAUCUUGGGAAGCUCAUGGGUCUUUGGCGUCCUGGCUGUCAAUGUCCACGCGUUGGUGUUCCAGUACAUGUUUGCCUUAUUCAACUCCUUGCAAGGGUUCUUCAUCUUCCUGUUUCACUGUCUCCUGAACUCAGAGGUUAGAGCUGCCUUUAAGCACAAAACCAAGGUGUGGUCGCUCACCAGCAGUUCCAUCCGCAACAUCAACGUGAAGCCUUUCAACUCAGAUAUUAUAACUGGGAACAAGCCCGGAACAACUCCUACUAAAAGCAACACUUGGGAGAAGAGUAGCAAUUCAGCGCACAGGAUUGACCUUUCAGCAGUCUGACACCCACCCCUAAUAGCCCUCCUUUUGGGGAACCCAACUAUACUUUUAGGACCGUUUGACUUGGUACCUGCUCACCCCUUAUCUUCUCAGAACUUGUGCCAGUAGGAACCGCUCCGUUAAUCGCCACCUGCUCAAUUGGAAUAGAUCUAUUUGUGCCCCGUUUGCACUGGAUUGACUCACUCCUUGCAGUGUUCUUUUCGUGUCACAAUCCACCGCUCAGCCAUUAGGAACGGCUGAGGAAUAGCUGGUGACAGCACAGAGUGGAUGGUCUGUAAACAGCGGCAGAGACGCUAAGCGUGGAGAAACAAUUGUGCUGCCUCUGUCACGGGACCGAGGAAGGUCAGAGACAGCUCAAGAAAGAACAAUCACGGCAUGCUUUCUGCCUUGCAAAGCCAAGGUUUCUUGCCAGCAGUGUUGAAACGGGGCUGGUUUUGUCCAGCCUGGCACUCACCAUCUACACUAAAUAGCUGGAGAGAUCCAAUUAUCCAGAGGAAAUGUAGCCAGACAAAAAACACCCAGCCAACAGCCAUUUCAUUCGGCCAUCGUAUGAAAAGCAAAGCCAGAGGGACAAUUAGAAUUGAGAUCAAGCACGCUUCCCCGCCAUGCAUUGGCCCUGGGACCAAGGGAAACAGCAGCUGAGGAGUCAUGUGCGUGGCUUCCACAUCUGCUCGGAUCUUGCCAUCGUGGUUCCAACGGCUGUUACGAUCCAGCAGCCACCUGCAGCAUCGAUUCAUCAGGGACUUAUUCACCUCUGCUGGAAAUACCUUUCAGUGGGAUCCAGAUGUCUGCCACCUUUCCGAUGGGAAUUAGCCAGUGCCUGCCAAGAGCUUUUGCAGACUGAGCUGAGCCACAGGAUUUUGGAAAGUCUAACGUGUCUGGCUCUGGGACUUCCGCACCUCUGUCCCCCCAAGCAGAGUGUGAUGCCGAAAGCCAAACAGGACUGUGCCCACCCUCUGCCUUCAAAAUAAAUGAACAAAAACACUUCUGCACGAGUCGACAGCAAGAAAAAACCACAAACACUGUGAAGCCAUCAGUCAGACUGCAGCUGGGAUUCUGCGUGAUUACCCAUCGACACCAUUUUUCUUUGCAAAAACAUUUCUUUGCUAAUAAGCAAAGCUUCAGUCCCUUUAGUCAUGCAGCAAUGGGAGAAAGGGGAAAGCAACACCUGUUUCAACUCUACAAAUGGGUCUGCUAUCCUUCUUUAUGGGCUUUGCUGUUAGGGUUUUGUUUCUGAUAAAACUCCAGAUGUUUUCUAGGCGCCAUCUCAGCCAAACUUGCAUGUUCCAUGGAAGUGAGUGGGAGUGUUGGGUGCUGCAGUUUGUACCUGGUACAGAAGGAAGGAGCUUCUGCAGUCGGGAAAGCACUUUGGGUGCACAGGGUCCCAGUUUUGGUGCCUGGCAUCACCAGGUCGGGAUCUCCAGGAGCUGUAACUCUGGGGAGUCUCAGCCAAUCUGCAAAAGGGGGCUUUGCCCAGCACAAUCCUGAUUGGAAAGCCCCCAUGCCUGUUAUUCUCAGUGGGAGGAAACCCCCCAUGAGAGACACGUGUCAACAGAAUGACCCAGAGUAGAUCUGUCACUUGCUACCCUACGUUAUUGUUCCCCCACAGUCCAAUGCUAGGGAUGUCAGAUAAAUCCACAAGGAAUCCAAAGGCAUUUGGAUUUCUGUAACGGUGCCCCACAGAUCCUGCAGUGGAGGGACUGCUCCCAAAUUGCACAGAUCCUACAAAUUUGUAGGCUUAUUUUUCCCUUUCCAUAAUUUUACUCAAAUGCAAUUGUAGAAAAAUAGGACAAAAUGAAAAUGAAAAUGGGUAUUUCUCUCAUAGACUAAAGUAUGAAAAUAUUGGGGAGGGAUUUGUUUGGAGGGAUUUAUGCAUUUUGGGAAGUGCAAAUAUAUAUGAAUGUGUUUGCACAAAAUCCCGUUCCAACAAUGUGUGGACAACAGAAUGGAAACUAUCUGCAAAUCUACAAAACAAAGUUUGUGCAUCUGUGUCAAUUGAUGGCUUACGGGUGACAGAGAUCUAAUGCUCCUCCUUGGAAGGCCACACCAUCCAUUGCAAUGGAUACCACCUGUCCAGAGUGAUUCACGUGUCCAGUUGUAUGUGUAAUACACUUAAUCACUUGUUUUGAGUUAAACGUGGCAUUUUUCUUAAUUUAAUACAGAAUGAACCUACAAUAAAAUGUAUAACCAUA